AUGACCCCUAAUUGUCUGAUUCAAUAUUUGUCCGACAUAUUCAUAGCCUGUUGCUCGGUCUGUCGCUCUCGAUCGGUUGGUCUGAUCGGUUUGAUAUUUACAUCGUCCUGUUGUUUUGAGCAUCCCCGCUACAUUAUGCUGGGUGUUAACCUGAUCAGCACGUAUAAAGUUCCAGCUAAAAUAUUGAAUUCAGGCGAAUUUUACUUUAGUUUUCUGGAAGCACAACAACCCAGAGAAGUUCACGUUGGUGACGUAAUCAAUGCAUCAGUCAAGCACAAUGUCACCGCUGAACAAUUGCUUUCACAAAUCGUCGGCAGAAUUACAAAAUAA